UUGGCCAUGAGUAGCAUUUCACUCUUAAUACAUGCGUCCAGCUUAUCAGAAUUUCCUUGCCCCGCGAGCGCCUUGCCCUUUUUCCCGGAGGACGACUCGUUGUCCCCUUUGUUAUCGUCUAACUAUAUCAUCUCUCCAGAAUUAGGAAAUUACCGCCUCUUUGCCCACCACCGGUAUCGUCGUUGCACCUUUCUCCUUUGCCCGCUCGGGUAGGAGCUUAGGGUCUAAUAAGCUUACUCGUAUCAGCACGCU